CUAUCGAAUGGCAAUCCUGAACUAAUCCAAUAUGCAAAGUCGAAUUUUUAAGAACUCGCCUAAAAUAAAAAAUACAAAUAAUAGUACAGUGGCAAAGAAUAGAUAGUUGGAUAGUGUAGUUAACUUUAAGUUCAGUGAUGGAGAGUGGAUAAUGGUUUUGAUGGAUAAGUAAAAAUUAUUCAUCUAUUUAUUUUACUUUGAACCAUUUGUGGACAUGGAUAUGUUCAAUAAAGUUUUUUCACAAGUAUCUAGCUCAGUUAGUAUAACAGUUUCGCAAAUAUCUGGCGUUCUUCCCGGAAAUCCAGUUACGAGAGAAUAUGAAUCAUCUGCUCAUAUUGCAUCUGCAGGACCAGGUUUAUUGUGGAAAAUUUACAGUGGCAGUAAACGAUCUACAAAACAAGAAGCCUCAAUAUUUGUAUUCGAGAAGAGGCAACUGGAAAAAUAUAAUAAAAGUGACAGAGAACUACUUUUGGAAACUUUACGAAGGGGAAUAGUUCAGCUUACCAAAAUUCGCCAUCCCAAGUUACUCACUAUUCAACACCCAUUAGAAGAGAGUAGAGACAGUUUAGCAUUCGCAACGGAACCAGUCUUAAUUAGUUUGGCAAAUAUUUUGGGACAAACUACAAAUAUGCCCCAACCAGCUAACAUCUCGGAUUAUAAGUUAUUUGAUAUUGAAAUCAAGUAUGGGCUGUUGCAGGUCGGCGAUGGUUUAGCAUUUCUGCACAAUGAUAUGAAACUAUUACACAAAAACAUCAGCCCAGAGUGCAUAAUAAUCAGUGCUCAAGGUGCUUGGAAAAUAUUUGGUUUUGACUUCUCUGUCCACAACACUAGCCCUUCAAAUUUAGAACCUUUCUAUCCUUUUGAGGAAUAUAACCCAACAAUUCCUUCGGUUUGUCAGCCUAAUUUGGACUAUUUGGCUCCUGAAUGUAUUACAAAAUUGAAGCAUUCCCCAGCUAGUGAUAUGUUCUCGUUAGGAAUGCUAGCAUAUGCUUUAUAUUCCAUAGAAAAAAAAUGUAUUCGACCUGUUAGAGAUUUACACCAAUACAAAUCCAGGGUACAGGAACUCGAAAAACUAAAUCUCGGAGCAUUACAAUGUGUUCCUGAAGAACUGAGAAACUCGGUGAAGUCAUUGUUGAAUGUUACUCCAGAAAUCAGGCUUGAUACAUAUCACUUCUUGAAGAUUCCUUUUUUCGAUGAUGUUGGCAUAAAAACACUCACUUAUCUUGACUCUCUACUACAAUGGGAUAAUCUCCAGAAAUCACAGUUCUAUAAAGGUUUGCCAGAAGCUCUCACCAAACUUCCCCAUCGUGUCAAAGUACAAAGGGUACUAGCCUGUUUGGUACAUGAUUUGGGACAACCAGCAAUGGUGCCUUUCAUCUUGCCCAAUUUAUUUGAUAUCGCUCAAGAUUGCAACAAACAAGAGUAUUGCACUUAUAUAUUACCUCAUAUCAAGCCUUUGAUGAAAUUGAUGGAACCUGUUCAGAUUCUUCUAAUUAUGUUGCAAAGGAUGGAACUGUUAUUGAAGUUAACUCCAGCUGAAGAUAUCCAGCAGCAUGUUCUUCCCAUGCUGUACAGAGGACUUGAUUCUGGAACUCCACAAAUCCAUGAAUUGUGUUUAGCAGUUCUACCGACCUUUGCUGGUUUAUUGGAUCAUUCCAACGUCAAAAAUUGUCUCUUGCCGCGAAUAAAAAAGAUAUGCCUGAAUACUUCAACUUUGUCAGUCAGAGUAAACAGUCUUUUAUGCAUAGGUCGACUUUUGGAGAAUUUAGACAAGUGGUUGGUAAUCGAUGAAGUUCUUCCUUUCUUACCACAAAUUCCAUCUAGAGAGCCGGCUGUGCUGAUGGGAAUUCUUGGUAUAUAUAAAUUGGCAUUGAAUCACAAGAAACUAGGGAUCACGAAAGAAAUUAUAGCUUCUAGAGUCCUACCGUUUCUAAUACCUUUAUGCAUUGAAAGUGGUUUAACAAUUCCACAAUUCAAUGCUAUGACAUCCUUGGUUAAAGAAAUGUUUCAAAUUGUUGAAACGGAGCACAGAACAAAAUUGGAACAAUUGAAUUCUGUGAAAGAUGAGCAGAAGGUAUUGGCUAGUAGUAUACCAGUCGUAACAAGUAAAGAACCAGUGGAGCUUGAUAAAGCCUUCUCUGGUCUUGGUUUAGAUAGUUUUGUCCCAGGCAUGAACAUCAAGCAGAAAACAGAAGUGCAGGCUUUUACUAAUCAGACAGUUAUUGAACGUGUCAAAGCCAUACCAACAACUGCGGCUGUUCCUAAAAAUCUUCCUUUUUCACUUGGUGGUGAUUGGACUAAUUCACAAAAUACGUUCAACCCACAAGUUCCUACAACUGUGUCCAAUACUUCUACUACUGGAAUUGGCUUCAAUCAGUGGAAUAACUCACAGAUGUCGACACAAAAUAGUUUCGGUCCCAACAUGAUGCAAAACACCAAUUUGUUCAUGAAUACAAUCCAACAUCCCCAAGGAUCAGAUACAAAUAGGAAUCCUAUUAGGACAUCCCCAGGUUUCAACAAUCAGAUUACCUCCACAAUAUAUGACUUUCCCAAUCCGUGGGCGAACAGCCAGGGUUCCUCAACAUAUAAGAAAAACAAUUCACCAGAUUGGAGUGCUCUCGACAAUCUUCUGCCAAGUAGUAACAGUGCUAAUACGCCAAAGAACAGUAUGGCAUCUUAUAAUGUUCCACUGAUUCCUAGUAAUAAUGUCAAUAAUAAACAAGGAGGGUUGUCCAAUGAUGAUAUAAUGGAUCUGCUCAGUUGAAAAAAAAACAGUUCCACAUGUAUUCUCUUCUGCAAAGUAAAGUUUUGUGCACCUGAUAUGACACGGUGGAUUUGAGAAUAUUGAAGUUAAAAGUUUGUUGGGACUGUCACAGGCUUAAAAGCAGAAACAUUUCAUAAGCACUUUCUAGAUUGAGGGACUUUAUAAUAUCUCUGGUGUAUUUCAGUAACUGUUGUAUUAUUGGUACAUGAGCACAUUUUUUAAGAUAUUCUCAGAAAUUUCAAGAGUUGUGUUAUCUUCUCAAUAAAUAUUUAUAAAAUAGAA